AUGGCUGACUUUGGAGCCAUCCUCAGGCACGUCGGAGAGUUCAGAACCUUCCAGAAGCUCAUCAUUUGUGCGGUUUCUUUCCCGACAUUUAUAUUACCUUUCGAAUUUGCCUGCUUACUUUUCAUCCAGUCGGACCCGGAGCGGCAUUGCGACACGGACUGGAUCCUGAAGGCCGACGCCAACCUGACCCGGCAGGAGCAGCUGAACCUGACCGUUCCCCUGGAGCAGGACGGUUCUUUCAGCAGGUGUCGCAUGUUUGCUCCGGUGGACUGGGACAUCGGGACCAUCAGGGAACGCGGACUCUACGAGACCACGGUGUGCCAGAAUGGUUGGGUGUACAACAGUGAACUUUAUACUGCCACCAUAGUCACUGAUUUUGAUCUGGUAUGUGAUCGGGCUCAUUUACCACAACUGGCACAAAUCGCAUUGAUGACAGGCAAUCUGUUUGGUUGUCUCUUAUUUGGACCUUUUGCCGAAUCGUUUGGUCGCAGACGAGCAGUUCAAAUUCCGAUGGUUGCAAACCUCAUUUUUAUUGUCACCAGUGCCUUGUGCCCCAACUUCCUGCUUUUUCUGCUCUCCCAGUUUUUGAUUGGCGUAGGCUAUGGAGGUUUUCGGAUGAAUGCGGUUAUAUUAGCCACAGAGUGGAUUGGUCCGUCCAAAAGGUCUUGGGGAGCAUGCGUGACCCAACUAUCUGGUUCAGUUGGACAGGCCGUCCUUGCUGGUCUGAUCUACGUCAUCAGAGACUGGAGACUAGCUCAGUUUAUCACCGCAGCUCCACUGGCAGUCAUUUGUAUUUAUAUAUGGUUCCUUCCAGAGUCCGCCAGGUGGUUGUUGGACAGAGGGAGGACUGAAGAAGCUAAAGAGUUGCUGUUAAAGGUGGCGGCUGUCAACAAACGCACCGUCACCGACUCUCUCCUGGAAAAGAUUGUCGUGAAAGAGAAAACGGAGAAAAAGAGCGGCGUUUUAAUACUCUUCCAGUCAUCUUUGCUUCGGAAGUAUUUCUUUAUCGUAACAUUUGCAGGGUUCUCAGUGAAUGUUGGGUUUUAUUGCAUUUCAUUCAAUGUGGGGAACUUUGGCUUGGACGUAUUCUUGACGCAGCUCUUGUUUGGUCUGACUGAAGUGCCAUCUCAGAUACUUUGCAUGUGGCUGCUGGAAGUACUGGGGAGAAGAAUAUCCAUCAUCUCCACCCUCCUGGCUGGGGGGCUCAUGUCUGUCUUGAUGCUCGUGUUCAGUCCAGGAUAUCCUGUUGCUGCAACUGCACUGGCGACAUCAGGACGUUGCCUAAUGAACUGGGCCGCAUCCACAUGUAAUGUUUACGUUCAAGAGUUAUUCCCGACAUCCUGUCGACAAACAGCCUCGGGUUUAGGCUCCGUCGUAUGCCGGGCUGGUGGUCUGAUCGCCCCUUUGGUCAACAUGCUGGCUACGUACCACCGGUCCAUACCUAUCGUUAUCUUCAGCGGCCUGGCGCUGAUCAGCGGGGCUCUCGGCUUCAUGCUUCCUGAGACUCGAGGGACUGAACUACCAGAUUCGACCGACGAUGCUGAGGGCAACAGAAGACGACCAGGAAAGUUGUGAAUCAAACAUACACACCAAGUCAAGUAAACUGUAGUGGAUGGUCUGAGUCCAACAAGUUCCAAAACAAGACCCGCUCCCUGGUCUAAAAACCACGUUUAGCUUUGAUUACUUCAUCGAUUCCUCGAGAUUCUGCAACGUCACCAUGUUUGUGACUGUUCCUGCCCGGAUAUUGAUGACAGGUAUUCUGUCCUCGCAACACAUUCUGAGCUUCAUGCAGCUAGACCAGAGGUCGGCAAUCUGUGGCUCGGUAACAGCAUGCGGUUCUUCAGCCUCCUCUUAUGGUUCCCUUUGCUGAACUUGGGAAUUUUUUUUUUUUAAAACACCGCUACACACGUGCAUGUUAUUAGUUUUUUAUUUUCUGACUUUUUUUUAAGGCAGUGAACGACAACUCGCAACAGAGGGGCGGGGAGUUGGGACCCUGGAGGUCGACUGCUGCUAUGAAUAUAUGCUGAGUUCUGACUGGCGAUUAGAUUGGCGCUGAAAGACAUUUUCAAAACAAGCACGCCGCAUUUUCUAAAAAAAUGUUUAUUUAUCUUAGAGUUUGUGCAGUCUAGUCCUUCACACACUGGGCUCGAACCGGCGACCACACAUUUACACAUUUAUUAGUUAAGAGAUACAGUCAUGGUCAAAAGUUGACAUACACUUGUGAAGGACGUAAGGUCAUGGCUGUAUUGCGUUUCCAACCAUUUCUACAACUCUUAUUUUUUUGUGAUAGAGGUCAAAGAUAAGACUUUCUGGAGGAAAAUUAUUUGGUCAGAUGAAACAAAAAUUGAGCUGCUUGGCCACAAUACCCAGCAAUAUGUUUGGAGGAGAAAAGGUCAGGCCUUAAAUCCCAGGAACACCAUACCUACCGUCAUGCAUGGUGGUGGUAGUAUUAUGCUCUGGGCCUGUUUUGCUGCCAAUGGAACUGGUGCUUUACUUUCACAAAAAAAUAAGAGUUUUAGAAAUGAUUGGAAACUCAAGACAGCCAUGACAUGAUGUUCUUUACAAGUGUACCACGACUGUAUAUGUAAAAUGCUAAUAGGUCUAUGUGUAUUGUGUAUGUAUGUUGUAUUAAUAAAUAUGAUGAUAUCAUAAAUGAUAGGACUAUUACCCAUUCGGAAGUGACUUCCUCAUAGCUCUUUAAUGAAUCAGUUCCCUAUGAAAGGGAAUUGUAUUUCUUUAUGUCCGGGUUAUUCAUUUGAAAUGUAAUUAGCCUCAUGGUAGACGUUAGGCUACAUUCACGUUCUUACCAUACAACACAUCUUUGCAAAGGAUGGUGUUGUAUAUUUGUUGGCCGUGCGAUGGGUGAUGAGCCAAAAAGAACCCAACGGGGAAUCGUCGAACAAAAAGCUUUAUUUGUUUCAGCGAGCCUCCGACUGGAGCUGCAGCUUCCAGGAGAAAAAGUGGGCCGGAUCUCUUCUGCUGUCUUCUCCGGACCACUGUCCUUAAAAUACCUUUUACACCAAGACAGUUAUUACUCUUUGUUGUUCUAGCCUUGGGGCCGGCCAGUCUGGGCAACACCCAGUUUGUUGCUAUUUCCUGUGACUGGUUUGAGUCGGGUGACUUCCGACCCCUAUCCUCUACUGCCACUUGUGAGAGCUUCCUACCAGAUGUUGCGUAUGUUCCUCCUAAACUCCAAAUCUACAUUGCUGUAGGAUCCCAAUUCCCCGGAGGCAAGAGCCACCACUCUCUGGAGCGCUUGUGAUGGACAUGUGCACUUUUGACCUUAGUAGAAAAAUCCUCUUACGGAUUCUGUGACCAAAUACAAAUGCAUGCUAGUUCCCCAAUCAUAUAAGAAAAUUGUAUACGGUAAA